AUGCCUCCGAAGCAGCAAUCAAAAGCCGAUUUAGCGAAGAAGCAGAAGAUCGUCGAAGACAAGACAUUCGGUCUCAAGAAUAAGAACAAGUCCAAAAAUGUCCAGAAAUAUGUUCAGACCCUCAAGCAAUCCGUUCAGCCCAAGUCUGACCCCUCCAAAAUCUCUCAAAAGAAGAAGCAUGAGGGAGAGAAAGCUAAAGAGAAGGAGCUGAAUGAUUUGUUCAAGGUUGCCGUCAGUCAGCCCAAAGUCCCAGUUGGUGUUGAUCCGAAAUCAAUAUUAUGCGAAUUCUAUAAAGUGGGGCAGUGUGCUAAGGGUUUUAAGUGCAAGUUCUCACAUGAUUUGAAUGUUCAAAGGAAAGGAGAGAAGAUUGAUAUCUAUAGCGAUAAACGCGAUACAGAAAAUGAAACGAUGGAGGAUUGGGAUCAAGAGACUUUGGAGAAAAUUGUGGAGUCAAAGAGCAACGAGUAUCAAAAAAAUAAACCAACUGAUAUUCUUUCAUAUCUGCAACGACUUUCUCUUAAUGAGUCUUAUGGAAAUGGCUUAGUUGAACUUGGAUGCUCAAAGGUUAGUUUGUGCUCUAAAAUCAGUGUUCGCCAAAAGGGGUUGGGGUAG